ACCAGCAGCGCAACCACCACCGCCAGCACUCCCUCCUCUGUGGACACACCCUCCACUCACAUUUAAAACCAUCUGCCUUUUGCAGUUCGAGGGAUACAAGUUGAUGGAGAGCUAACGUGGUGGUGGUGGUGGUCGUGGUGGAAUCUCUACCCUCUUCACACGCCCGCACACACAGACACAGUGUCUAUUGCUUAUAUAAAGACAAAGAUCCCCCCGUGUAGCAUAUACACACACACACAAAGACAUUUUAAUCUGAGAUCGCCGCUGCAAGAUCAGCAGUCAUGUUAAGAUCCGACCGCUACACUUUUGCAGGCUUCCUUAAAGUGUUACACAUACGCAAGGGAGAGGGCACCGACACUCCGAUACCGGGCGCAGAGGACCCCGCUCACGCCAGACCCCCGGGCCAGGCCACGGAGGCUGCUGCCCCCCGCGGUGCCGGGGACGUCGCCCCUGCGGCUCCGGCGCGCGGCGCCCAGCACCUCGAGAUGCACGAAGCGGUGGGCAAGGGUCAGAACGGCGUCCGCUGCGCGAUGCCCGACGACGCUGCCGUCGACGGCCCUAAGGAAGCCGCCGCCGCCGCUGGCGACGACGAUGACGACGCGAGGAGGGUCGAGGGGGCGGAGGAUGUGGAGAAGGACGUGAGGGAGGUGGUGGUGGUGCUGGCCGAGACGGGGCUGCGAGCGGACGGCUGCUCGGAGGAGCGCGAGACGUGGGGCAAGAAGAUCGACUUUCUGCUGUCCGUGAUUGGAUUUGCGGUGGACCUGGCCAAUGUCUGGCGAUUUCCUUACCUGUGCUACAAGAAUGGCGGAGGAGCGUUCCUCAUCCCCUACGUCCUCUUCCUCGUCAUUGCUGGCAUGCCGCUCUUCUACAUGGAGCUGGCGCUGGGCCAGUUCAACCGGCAGGGAGCGGCCAGCGUCUGGAAGAUUUGCCCCCUCUUCAAAGGCGUGGGCUACACGGUGAUCCUCAUCGCGCUCUACGUCGGCUUCUACUACAACGUGAUCAUCGCAUGGUCGCUGCACUACCUCUUCUCGUCGUUCACGGGCGACCUGCCGUGGACUCACUGCAAUAACUCCUGGAACACGCCCAACUGCACCGAGUACCACUCACCCAGCUCCACCCGGCCCCCCCGCGGCCUCCACACAAAGUACGCCAAGUACAAGAGCACGCCAUCAGCCGAGUACUACGAGAGAGGAGUGCUGCACCUGCAGGACAGCAGCGGCCUCAACAACCUGGGACUUCCUCGCUGGCAGCUCACCAUCUGCCUCUUCGUGGUGCUGCUCAUCCUCUACUUCAGCCUCUGGAAGGGUAUCCGGACAUCGGGCAAGGUGGUGUGGAUCACGGCCACGAUGCCGUACGUAGUGCUCACCGUACUGCUGGUGCGUGGCGUCACGCUGCCCGGAGCCAUGGACGGCAUCUACGAGUACCUCAACGUGGACUUGCGCCGCCUUCGUCAGCUCUCGGUGUGGAUCGACGCCGCCACUCAGAUUUUCUUCUCUCUGGGCGCCGGCUUCGGGGUCCUCAUCGCGUUCUCCAGCUACAACAAGUUCAACAACAACUGCUACAAGGACGCCCUCAUCACGAGCUCCAUCAACUGCGUAACGAGUUUCUUCUCCGGCUUCGUCAUCUUCUCGCUGCUCGGCUACAUGGCCAAGAAGCACGACGUGCCAAUAGACGACGUGGCUACAGACGGAGCUGGCCUCGUGUUCAUCAUCUACCCAGAGGCCAUCGCCACCCUGCCCGGCGCCUCCAUGUGGGCCAUCAUCUUCUUCAUUAUGCUGCUCACGCUGGGCAUCGACAGCGCCAUGGGUGGCAUGGAGGCGGUGAUCACUGGCCUCAUCGACGACUUCCCGAUUCUCAAGCGCCACCGUGAGAAGUUCACCCUCUUGGUGGCCGUGGGAACCUUCCUGGUGGCGCUCGUCUGCGUCACCAACGGAGGGAUUUACGUCUUCACCAUCCUCGACAACUUUGCUGCCGGCACGUCGAUCCUGUUCGGCGUCCUCAUCGAAGCCAUCGGCGUCGCCUGGUUCUACGGAGUGGACCGGUUCAGUGAGGAUAUUGAGCAGAUGAUGGGAUUCAAGCCCGGCCUCUACUGGAGGCUUUGCUGGAAGUUCGUCAGCCCCUGCUUUCUGCUGUUCGUGGUGGUGGCGAGCAUCGUGAAUGCGAAGCCGCUCUCCUACGACGAGUACCAGUUCCCCGACUGGGCCAACACGGUCGGCUGGGGCAUCGCCAUCUCCUCCAUGAUGCUCGUGCCGGUCUACGCCAUCUACAAGGUCAUCUCCAUCCCCGGCACUUUCCGUGAGGUGGGUCCUGAACCGCGGUCCCACGACCACCCACGCAGUAGGCCGAGCCCCCCCCCCGGCUCGCGAAGCCGGCGAUGGAACUCUGGGGCUCCCGGCGGCGUUCCAUGCCAACCGCAUGCCGCGUCCAAUUCUGGGCUUCCGUAGGCCGCAGUUGGACGCGGCGUCGAUACGGCGUCGCUGACUAAUUUCAGGGCUUUGGCAAGAAAGCUUUUCUUGGGGGGGGGGGGAGCCCGAAUUCGUUUCCAUGCCAAGAAUAUUCCUGGACGAGUGGACAAAAUUGCUUCGACAAAGAAAGAAAAUAAAAAGCAAAGCAUGCAAUGUCGUAGGUGGCAGGAACGUUGAAACCCCACGUGGCGAUUGAACGCUGUACUUCGGCUUGGGGCCGUGUCCUCACCACGUCACCAGCCUGACCCUGCCCCAGCAGCAGCGACUUUUGGCUCGUCAAAGGAGCAUGAACCAUCAU